AUGGAGUCCAUUGGGGGACAUAAGAACGACCGGAAAGAUGAUCGGUACAGUUCCCGCUCGGACGGCAAAGGAAAAAGAAACGAUGGCUACCGAGGCAGAAGAGAUGAAAGGGAUGAGAAGUUGGACAGAGGGGCCGAGCGAAGGAGAGAUAGAGACAGCACUGUGUUCACUCCUCUGAACACAUCUGUCUCCAAGAUUCUGAACGAGAUUAAGGGGAAGCCAGGAUUCGUUCGGCCACCAAAGAUGAAGAUCCCAGAUUACAAGAAAAACUCUGAUAAGUACUGUGACUAUCAUCGGGACAACGGGCAUAAUACUGAUGAAUGCUACCACUUGAAGAAGUUAAUAGAAAGGAUGGUCAAGGCUGGUGAUUUGAACCAGUAUGUUAAGGAUCUGAGGGAUCGGUUGGGUCCCAAAGAAGAUAAAGGGAAGGCGCCCGAAGAGGGUGAGAGGUACAGAGGUGAGGUCCGAACGAUUUUUGGGGGAACAAUCCUGGACCGAAGUAGCAAGACAGCCAAGAAGAAGUACGCCCGACAGGUCUACAACCUCUACAGCAUCAAUUCCACCAAACAGUCGUAUCCUAUAAUGUUCUCACAAGAAGACUAUGAGGAUGUUAUGCUGCCGCACGAGGAUCCGUUGGUCAUUAAUCCCGUGAUCGGUCAAAAUUAG